GUAAUCUUAUAUUUCCCACACUUUCAUACUAAUCUAUGGUUUAAACUUAAUUAUAAAAUUUUAUUAUAUAUUUUUAUGAUUUAAAUGUAAUUUUUGUUGAUAUAUUUUUAAAAAUGACAAGUGAUAGAGGAGUCAUUUGUCAAAUAAGAGCUGGAAAGUGUAUUCUUAACGAUAAAUUGGUAUCACCAGACCUCAGAAAAGGCUCGUUAAGACUUUUUAAAGGAGACGAUGAUUUAUUGUCAGUUCAAUGGCUAACAAGAGAUGAUUCCAAUGUUGAAGAUACAUUGUAUAUAUUCGACGACGCAUAUCUUGAAAAGGUACCGCAAUGCUCCACUGGAGAGGUUUAUGUACUAAAAUUUACAAGUAACAACCACAGGUCGUUUUACUGGAUUCAGGAGACGAACGUAACCACAAUUAAGACCUUUGUGGACUCAUUUAACAGGAACACCGGGUACAUUAAGUAAAACGUAACUACUUUAAUAAAUUCAAAAUUAUUAUCGCCGAUAUAAAAAGAAAUGAUAAAAUGGAACCUGGUUCCAUAGUAAAUCUCUCCUAUUAACA